AUGCACGCUGCCACUCUUCUUCUCCCCAUUCUUGCCGUCCUGGCACACGCUGCACCCAAAACCGAUGAUUAUGCUGCCAUGCCUGGUUCCGGCCAGGGCCAGGCCCUGGCUAGGGCACAGAUGAAGGCUGCUGGUAAACCCAUCAAUGCACCCAUGGUUGCCAUGAACAACACCAUGACUGCAUCAUCGACCCUCAGCCCCUCGAUGGCUGCUUCAAUCAUCAGCUCUUCGGCCAAAUCUUCUGGUGUUGCAACGAGCCACAGCUCAGCCGUAUCGGUCUCUACCAAAGUCGGCCCUAAGCCCUCCGUCUCCUCCAAGAAGGCAUCAAUUUCGUCCAAGGUGUCUUCUAUCAAGGCAUCGGUCUCAUCCAAGAAGAGUUCUGUCUCAGCCAAGGUCUCCUCCAAGAAGGUCUCUUCAUCUUUCAAGGUCUCGGUGAAGACCUCUUCCACCAAGGCUUCAGUCUCGCACAAACCCUCUGUCUCAUCCAAGGGCCCCCAAAAGCCCUCGGUUUCAAGCAAGGUCUCGUCCAAAAAGGCAUCCGUCUCAUCCAAAGUGUCAUCCAUCAGAGCUUCCGUGUCAUCAAAGAAGGUCUCAGUGUCCUCCAAAGUCUCCUCCAAAAACGCAUCGGCUUCCGCCAAGGCACCCGCUUCAACACUCAAGACCACCACAAAGCCCAAGUCCAGCUCCAAGAAGCCUGCACCUAAGCCUCAAUCCACAAAGAAGGCCAGCAGCUCCAAAAAGAGUAGCAGCUCCAGGAAGAGUAGCAGCACCAAGAAGGUCAGCAGUACCAAGAAGGCUGUGUCGACUGGAAAGCCCGAGAGCAAGAAGGUUGCUACAUCUACCCACCGCGCAUAG